AAAGAUCUUCUUAAACAUGCAUAUGGCAGACGAUAGCGGAUCUAGCACUGAUAACCCAUCUCAGCCGAGAGAUGCCUCUGAGCAGGAGAGACAGUUGCAAGAGGAGGCAGCACGCAUACAGAGGGGCCUUUGUGUCAUGCAAGAGGUCGUGAAAGCUCGAACAGAAGGAAAGAAAUUUGCCGUACAGUGGAAUAAGAAAGGACAAGCUGUACGGUCAAAUAAAUUUAUCAGCUAUAUUGGGGCAGUGGCACGAAGCACCGUGCCCAUUACAGCGCAGCACUGGAGGAGGGUUGAUCGUUCAGUGCGAGACACUAUUUGGACAGAUGUAUCGUCUGCAUUUGAUAUAGAUGAGAGCAGGAAGAGGUUUGUGGAGGGGAAGGCUGGGAGGGCACUACGCUCUUUCCGAUAUUUUGUCACACACAAGUACUUGAAGGAUCCUUCCACAGCCGACGAGUCCCAGGUUCCUAGCUUGAUACGGGACUUGGUCAAACCAGAGGAUUGGGCUGCUUUUGUGACGUCACGUCGUGAUAGGCAAUUUCAAGAAUUAAGUUCCCAAAAUAAGGAAAGAGUAAAGAAGAAUGAGUAUCCCUACCGAAAGGGCCGCUUGGGUUAUGCGGGCCUUGAGCAAGAGGUGACUCAGCAGGAGGGAUCAGAUGUCACUGUAUCACGUCAGAUGCUGUGGGCACUGGCCAGGCAAAAUAAAGAUGGCCAAAUUGAUAAUCCUCGCGUUAAGGAGGUCGUGGACAGGAUGGAGAGUUUGUCCCAGGAAGUUUCGCAGGGGGCAUAUUCUGCAGAUGACCAGGAUAUAUUGAGGAGGGCAUUGGGGACUCCUGACCAUCCUGGUCUUCUUAGGGGUGUCGGUUAUGGAGUCACCAAGAGAGAUUACUUUGGGUACCGACAAAAGCCCUCUUCAUCGUGCACGCCUUCCUCUGCUGAGUUCAUGGAGCUGAAGGAAGAAACACGCUGGUUAAAGGAGCAGGUUAAAGUUCAAGCGCUCCUAAUCGAGCAGUUGAUCAAGAAUCAAGCACCACAGCCGGCUCCGAAUCUCAGCCCAAGUGGCAAAGACAGCUGCACAUUCCCCUUGCUACCUGAGGUAUAA